ACCUGCGCACAGCCACAGCCCACUCCCGUGCGGUACGACGCCGUGAGAUCGAUCGAUCGAUCCAGCACCAGCAGUCGGCAGCAGCGAAGAGAUGGCUUCGACGACCUCCUCCCGCUCCCGCCGCCUGGUCGCGUCCGCGCUCUUCGUCGUCCUGCUGCUCCUCGUCGCCUCAGAGACGGGGCCGGCGCGGGUGGCGGAGGCGCGGCACUGCCUGUCGCAGAGCCACAGGUUCGUGGGCGCCUGCAUGAGCUACCGGAACUGCGAGGGCGUGUGCAGGACGGAGGGCUUCCCGUGGGGCGUCUGCAGGUGGCACGGCAUCGAGCGCAAGUGCUACUGCAAGAGGCUCUGCUAGACGCCCGGCCCGCAUCAUAGCUAGCUUGGUCCGGCCGGUCCAGGCCCGUUUUCGGUUACUUCAUUCGUUGCACUGCAUGCAGCAUCAUCAUCCAGCCGGUAGGCAAGGAAUAGCUAGCUUGACAGGCCGGCUCGGCCCAUCUGCUGUUUCUUCACUGCAUUGCAUGCGUCAUCCGGCCCGGCGGCAAGCUAGAGCAGGUUCGCCGUUACUCUGUCGCGUCCACGUGUGCGUCUUGUGUACCAUUUCAUGCCGCGUGCUUUACCGUAACCGUACCGUGUAAGAUGUGUUUAGCUGCCUCGGAUCGAAUAAUAAACUCUGUCGUCGCUGAAUUAUUAUUAUACCGAGACGAGGUUGUCGGGA